UUCCUAUAACAAUGUACUAUGCUUGUUUGCGCAUUUCAUUGGAAUUGACCUUUAAGCAUGCAUCAACAAAAACAUAACGUUAUGAGAAUAAGGAGAAUGGGGAAUCGAGGAAGAGGUGGAAACGGUGGAGAAGAUAAAAAAGAUAAAAAAGGUGGCAGCACCAGUGGAGGUGAGGAGGGGGAAGACGACGGUUCUGGAUACGGCAGUACAAUUGCAACUACCCAGACAACAGAAUGGUCAACAUCGAGAACAGCAGUGAGCACAACAGAGAGGACAACAUCAACAACACCAACAACAACAUCUAGAGAAGUGACAACAGAUUCGGUAUCUCCGAGCACAACUUUGGUGUAUACGAAGGACUCUACUUCAACUUUGUCAACAUCUUCUGAAGCAGGAUUUUUAGAUCCGAAUAACCGAGCAAGUCAGAAUGCAAUCGGAGCUCCAGUUAUUUUGGCAUCUGUGCUAUUCUCGGUGUUCCUUCUGGCAGUUGUCUUUCUUUGUCUUAUCUACAAAACUAGGAUAAAGAACGUCUGGAAACAAAAAUUUAAACAGCAGUUAAAGGGAAACAGAGGAUUCAAAUCACAUACAGUGGGCGAAUCAAGUCAACGUGUCACUCACUCUGUCUAUAACUCUGCCUAUUCAUUCAUUGAACACGACGUCAUCGUGUCGUCACUUCCGGCAAACAUGACCGAGCAGCAAAAUACAAUCUCAGCAAACGACCAUUACAAUGUUUUGAACAGAGAAAAUAACACUCAUAAUAAUCUAGAUCCAGCAAAAAAUCCUAGAAACACUUCUGAAUAUGAUUUGUUGAAUCAUUCAAAGAGAGCUUCAUCGGUAGAGAAUAUCAGCGGUAAUUUAUACCACACUGCCGAUGCAGUUUUCAGCAAAUCGACUCACGAAAAUACGUACGACACAGCAGGUCAAUCAAAUGUUUACAGCUGUGCUAAUGCAGGAAAUUUUAAUAGCAGCGCAAACCAAAGUACCGACGAUUACAGUGUGGCCACCCAAGUAGCUAACAGCAGCGAAGUGAAUCAAACGAAUGUUUACAGCAGCGUCAAUUUAAACCAAGAAACUGCUCAUAGCUGCACAGAACACGGAGAUGACAAUUGCAACACAGCUACACAAGUGUCAACCCACAGCAGACCAGAUUCAACGGAUAAUUACCAUAUCCUGGAUCCUACAAAUAUCCACUUCAUCACAGACUAGGAAAUAAACAUGCUGAUAUUAAAUUACAAAUUAUAAAAAAAAUCCUGAUCUGUGGAAAAGAGUUGUAAAUGUUGAAACAUAGGCUGUAUAUUAUUUUUGUUUGGCUUUUAUAUUUUUACAAUAUUCAUAAAUGAAGAUUUAU